CCUAAAACCCAAGCGGGCCGAAGCAGCCCAUGAAUCCGAUCCCUACUGGGAGCGGAGCAGAGCAGAGCGGGUCAUCCCUCCCACCGGCCACCACCACCGCUUUUCUGUUUCCUUGUCUUCCCUCUUCCCCUCCACUUCUCUAUUUUUCCUAUAAUAAACCAUUCAUCUCCUGGUCAGGUCAGGUAACGCACCUCCCGCCUCUUCUCCUCUGCUGGAAAUUAUGGAUCUUUGGUGCCUGCACCCGAAAAACACCAUCGUCUUUCCGCCCAGAAAUUCCUCCGUUUCCGAGAACCCCCUCACUUCUUCAACGCCCUUGCAAAUUAGCUUGUCCAGAGUGGAAUCUUGCUCCGGUUACCAUACCAAGUAUCCAUCUCUGUUGCUCAGGGCCAAGGGGAAGAAGAAUCCCGGAAGCCCCAGCAAUUCUGGGGGACAAUGAUCACUCAAAAACUGGAGGAGAUAGCCUAAAAGGUGACCAUUCUUUCCCUGGAAACAACAAAUCUGACGAUGCUAGCCCACAAAAGUCCCAACCUAAGCCUUUGGAUUGGCGGGAGUUUAGAGCAUUGCUCUAUACUCAGGAGCAGGCUGAAACUGCAGAUUCAGUUCAAGACCAAGAUGGAGCAUCAACAACUGGUUUAAAAUCUCUUCCACUCAAAUGGGCUCACCCUAUUUCAGUGCCUGAGAAUGGCUGCCUUCUUGUCGCUACAGAAAAGCUUGAUGGUGUUCGCACCUUUGAGAGAACUGUAGUUCUUCUCCUCAGGUCUGGAACAAGGAAUCCACAGGAGGGCCCUUUUGGGGUUGUAGUAAAUCGUCCACUUCACAAAAAAAUGAAACAUAUGAAUCCCAGUAAUAUAGAAUUGGCAACGACAUUUGCUGACUGUUCUUUGCAUUUUGGUGGACCCCUUGAUGCAAGUAUGUUUUUGUUGAGAGCUGGGGAGACUGCUGGACUUGCUGGUUUUGAGGAGAUUAUUCCUGGGAUAUAUUUUGGGUCCCGGAACAGUUUGGAUGAGGCUUCAAGAUUGAUAAAGAAGGGGACACUGAAGCCCCAAGAUUUCAGAUUCUUUAUGGGGUAUGCAGGGUGGCAGCUGGAUCAACUCAUAGAGGAGAUUGAAUCGGAUUACUGGUAUGUUGCUGCGUGUAGUGCAAACUUGAUAUCUGGGGCAUCACAGAAAUCUUAUCCUGAUGGCUUGUGGGAAGAGGUUCUGCAACUGAUGGGAGGUCACUACUCUGAAAUGAGCCGCAAGCCUAAGCAAGAUAUAUAAUAAGGGUCAUCCUGCCAUCAAUCCCUGUGCCAACCCAGAUCAAAUGUAGAGUAUAUUAUCCUAUACAACUGCUGCUUCUCCUUUUUUUUUUUCUUCUUCUUCUUCUGCUGCCUUAUUAGCUGCUGCCCCUAAAUAAUUAAAUAAACAAAUAAAUAAAUUUGCUUCGUUGUGUAGAUACAAAUAUGUAGGGGCGUAGUGGUCUGAACAGUAGUAACCUUUAAUUAACGACAGUACUUACCUUUUUAAGUUGCAACAUGCAAUAUAAAUAUGGUUUCAAAUAUGCUUAUGCUGCUGCUGCUGCUACAUUCUUGUAUUGUAUUGUAUAGUACCCAAUGUGGGGGGUAUCUGUCUUUUUAUGUAAGUUUAUCAGUGUCCAAAAGCCCGUUGGAUUUAGUUGUAAUGAAACGGUUGUGCAUUCGAUCAAGCUGCUGGCCUGGCCUGGCCUGGCAUGGCAUGACAGCAGUGUGGUUAGUGCACAGCAGCAGUUCAACAAGUGGGGAAAAGAACAUCAC